AUGUUGACACUCAAAAGAAUUUUUGUGGGUGAGAGGCUUACGCAGGUUCGAUCAAGAUCAGGUGAAAUGGCCCCAAUUGACAAGAAGACCCCAAAGACCCGUUCAGCUAUCAAGGACGUCGUUACUCGUGAUUACACUGUCAACUUGCACAAGCGUACUCACGACAGAUCCUUUAAGAAGCGUUCUCCAUGGGCUAUCAAGUCAAUUGUCUCCUUCGCUGAGAAGACUAUGGGUACCAAGGAUGUCCGUCUUGACCCUAAGCUCAACCAGCAAGUCUGGUCCCGUGGUGUAAGAAGCCCUCCACGUCGUCUUCGUCUUCGUCUUGAGCUUUUACUAGUCACCGCUCUUUCUAUUGGCUUUGUCAAUGUAAGAGCAAGGCGGCUGACGUGGUCAUCCAUGGAUGAUGCUGCAGGUAAGCGCAAUGACGCUGAAGACGCAAAGGAGAAGCUCUACACUUACGCCUCAUACGUUCCAUGCACCAACUUCAAGGGUACCGUUACUGAGGUCGUUGACGCUGAAGCUUAA